UCCCUCCAGGCCGGGUAAAACGAUAACCUGAACGUUGAGUACGGCUUUCCGACAACCCAAACUGGCAACCUGCAUGUUAUUCAGGGGGAGGCGCUAGUCCGCAGUAGUUUCUGGAAGGAACCUCAUGCUUGCACCAUGGAGAAAGUUUCAGCGCUGAAAGACCAGGGCAACAAGGCACUGAGUGCAGGGAACAUUGAUGAGGCUGUACGUUGCUACACCGAAGCUUUGGCCCUUGACCCUUCAAACCAUGUCCUGUUCAGUAACCGCUCAGCUGCCUACGCCAAGAAAGGCAACUAUGAGAAUGCUCUCCAGGAUGCCUGUCAGACCAUCAAGAUAAAGCCUGACUGGGGCAAGGGCUACUCCCGCAAAGCUGCAGCAUUGGAAUUUCUUGGCCGAUUGGAGGAUGCCAAAGGAACCUACCAAGAGGGACUCCGGCGAGAGCCAAGUAAUCAGCAGCUAAAGGAGGGUUUACAGAACAUCGAGGCUCGGCUUGCAGAAAAAACAAUGAUGAACCCCUUUGCCAUGCCCAACUUGUAUCAGAAGCUGGAGAGUGACCCUCGGACCCGUGAGCUACUGUCAGAUCCCAGCUACAGAGAACUGCUGGAGCAGCUCAGGAACAAGCCAUCAGAGCUUGGCACGAAGCUGCAGGACCCCAGAGUGAUGACCACCCUCUCUGUGCUGCUGGGACUGAACCUCUCUGAGAUGGAAGAAGACGAGGAGCCCACCCCACCUCCUCCCCCCAAACCCAAAGAGACUCAGCCACCACCUCCCAAAGAGGAAGACCUUCCAGAGAACAAGAGGAAGGCCUUGAAGGAAAAGGAACUCGGGAAUGCUGCGUACAAAAAUAAGGACUUUGACACGGCGCUGAAACAUUAUAACGAAGCAAUCAAACACGACCCUACCAACAUGACUUAUUUAUCUAAUCAAGCAGCUGUGUACUUUGAGAAGGGAGAUUAUGACAAGUGCCGAGAGCUCUGUGAGAAGGCCAUUGAUGUUGGCAGAGAGAACCGGGAAGACUACAGACAAAUUGCAAAGGCCUUGGCUAGGAUCGGGAACUCAUACUUCAAGCAGGAAAAAUACAAAGAAGCAAUUCAGUAUUUCAACAAGAGCUUGACAGAGCAUCGUACUCCUGAUGUCUUGAAGAAGUGUCAACAGGCAGAGAAAAUAUUGAAGGAGCAGGAGAAGCUAGCCUACAUCAACCCUGACUUAGCCCUGGAAGAGAAGAACAAGGGCAACGACGCCUUCCAGAAAGGAGACUACCCCUUAGCCAUGAAACACUACUCUGAGGCCAUCAAGAGAAACCCCAAUGAUGCCAAACUCUUCAGUAACAGAGCUGCCUGCUACACAAAGCUGUUGGAGUUUCAGCUUGCUCUGAAGGAUUGUGAAGAGUGCAUCACACUUGAGCCCUCCUUCAUAAAAGGCUACACGCGUAAAGGAGCUGCCUUGGAGGCCAUGAAAGACUAUUCAAAAGCUAUGGAUGCAUAUCAGAAGGCUCUGGAGCUCGACUCUUCCUCAAAGGAAGCCACAGAGGGCAUGCAGCGCUGUAUGAUCAGUCAGACCAUGAGGAACGACAGUCCAGAGGAAGUGAAGAAAAGGGCCAUGGCUGAUCCCGAGGUGCAGCAGAUAAUGAGUGACCCAGCCAUGCGCAUGAUCCUCGAGCAAAUGCAGAAGGACCCUCAGGCGCUCAGCGACCACUUAAAGAAUCCAGUCAUCGCUCAGAAGAUUCAGAAACUCAUCGAUGUCGGACUGAUAGCCAUUCGUUGACGAGAACCAAGAGACUCCGAGACAUCAGUGGAACAACGUGCAAAUCCCUCCAAAAUAUUACAUCCUCCUUUCUUGCCUUCAAAAUUCAAAAUUAUAUUGUUCUUAGUCUCCCUGAGACUUUGUGUGUGUUACGUUUUUUUUAAAAUCAGUUUCACAACUUUUACAUUGUAUUUCAGAAAGCAUCUUGUAUGUCAUCAGAAGAACUUAAGGACACUCGAAAACAUCUGGAGAAAAAUAAAUGGAUUCAUGUGUACAGAUGCUCACAUACAUCCAAAAAAUAAACAGCACAGUUAAGUGAACCAUCGUGCAGUGUUUAAAGGGGAAAUCCACCCUGAAGCGAUCACAUAUUCCUAUUGGUUCAUGGUUUAAGAAUUUCUACACUCAAAAUAAAGAUUGUAACGUAGAUCACAAAUUGAAA